AUUAGGAAUCCGAUUUGUAUGCGUCUGGCGAAAAGAUUACACGGUCAAAUACAUGCAGUUGCGUGUCUAUUUCUUCUUCCGCUGAAUCGUUGUGUGCCCUUCUGGAUUCUUCUGCUGCCAACCCUUCUGCCGUAUUAAAAUGCAAUCUUUACCUGUAUAGAGCUCCGAUUCACCUUCGGGAUCCAAUUCUUCUCCAAGAUUUCUGAGAAAAAGUUGAUUUUGGCUGGUCUUUUUCCGUCGUGGGGAUUUUGUUCUUGGAAUCGUUGGGGCACAAAGAGGGAGCCCGAUUUUGGCCGAUUUCUGUUUGAUAUGUUCGUCUUCUUGUUGUGGGAGAGAUUAUAGAUCGUUGCCGUCCCAAAUGAUAUAUCCUUUUCUUCAUGGGAAAAAGCCGCUCCUUUUCUUUAUCAUCGAUCUUUUCUUUGGAGAAAAGAUGUCAUUUUUGUUCGAGUUUCGUGUCAUAGAUGGCAAGAAUAUGGCUGCGUUUGUUGCUUGAGGUCCUAUAGAAUUGAGAAACUCGAGAAGAAGGGUGAAAGAUACAAGGAAGGAGCGAUGGAGGCAUCUCGGGUUGCUAGAUAUUGGUGCCACUUGUGCUCCAGAAUGGUGAAUCCGGUCAUGGAAGAGGAGAUCAAAUGCCCAGUCUGUGACAGUGGAUUCGUGGAAGAGAUGAAUGGGGAAGGAGAGGAAGUAGACGCAACUGCCGAUCUGGAAUUCAGCAGAGAUCUCUCCCUCUGGGCUCCGAUCUUGCUCGGGAUGCUCAGUGGCUCCUUGCGUCGCCGAAGGCUCCGCCGGGAAGAGGAGGAGGAAGAGGAGGAGGAGGAGGAGAACGCGGAGCAGGACCGCGAUCUGGAAGCCAUUCUGCGGCGGCGGCGGCGGACCACAGCCAUCCUUCAGUUGCUCCAAGCCCUCGGGGAGGGCAGCAGAACGGAGUCCGAUGGUGGUGAUGAGAGCGAGAGGGACAGGGCGCACAUGGUGCUCAUCAACCUCCUCAACAGCGCCAUGGAAGGAUCUUUAGGUGCAAACCAGUCCCGAGGACAAAGCUCGAGCGACGGCCGCGCCGGUGUCCCGUUAGGAGAUUACUUUCUGGGACCAGGAUUGGAUCUUUUGUUGCAGCACUUGGCGGAGAACGAUCCGAAUUGCUACGGAACACCACCGGCUGGGAAAGCAGCAGUGGAGGCAAUGCCCACUGUGAAGAUUGAGGAGAGCAUGAGCUGUUCGAUUUGCUUGGAGGAGCUCGAAGCCGGCGCAGAGGCCAGGGAGAUGCCCUGCAAACAUAAAUUCCAUGGUGGGUGCAUAUUGCCAUGGCUCGAGCUCCACAGUUCGUGCCCCGUUUGCAGGUUUCAGCUGGCAACAGAUGAAUCCAAGGUCUCAAAUGUCAGUGCCAGUGCAGGUGCCGGUGUCAGUGCAGGUGCCACCAGGGUGGAAGCUCAUGGUCAGAGUGGUAGUAGUAGUGAUGGAGGGAGUGAGAGAGGAUUCCGGUUACCAGUUCCUUGGCCUUUAACUGGGUUGUUCUCCUUGUUGGGGUCUCACCGCACCGGCAACUCCUCGUCCCAGCCAUCAUCCUCAUCAUCCUCGACUGGAAGUAGCUCUCCGACUGAUGCAAACUGACGGUGGUGUUGUUUCAGUGCUUGAGCUCGAUCUCCUCCUGCUGCUGCCGCCGCCUUGUGCCAGUUUGUUGUACAUACUGUUUCAUUUACCGUGAUGGAUUGUGGAAGAAUAAUUCCUUUCCUUUUGUUCUUCAAUUUCUUCGAGUUUGAUCCCAUCUUGAUGUUUUCACCUGUUCAGUAUAUGCAAUAUGUGGCUGCAACAAUCGGAAGGUUUCCAUCUA